GAUCCUGGGGUAUAAAUAUCUUAAACUGCCUGCAGGCACAAUUCAACGUUUUUCUUCAAGCCCUAGAAGAACAGUGUGUGCUGUGAAGACAAAGGAAAAUGUGUAGCCGUGUUGAACACCCUGCUGCUGGGUACAAGAAGAUUUUUGAGACUGUUGAGGAGCUUUCUGAACCAAUACCAGCGCAAGUCAUAGGUAGAAUUCCCCCCUGGCUGAAGGGGAGCUUGCUCAGACUGGGGCCUGGCCUUUUUGAGGUUGGUGACGAACCAUUCUAUCACCUGUUUGAUGGCCAAGCCCUCUUUCACAAGUUUGACUUUAAGAAUGGACAAGUGACCUACCACCGAAGAUUUGUGCGAACAGAUGCAUACGUGAGAGCAAUGACAGAGAAGAGAAUAGUCAUUACUGAGUUCGGGACCUUUGCAUUCCCAGAUCCAUGCAAGAACAUUUUCUCCAGGUUUUUCUCUUACUUCAAAGGUAUUGAAGUAACAGACAAUGCUCUGGUGAAUGUCUAUCCUGUUGGAGAAGAUUUCUAUGCCUGUACAGAAACAAACUACAUUACAAAAGUCAACCCUGAGACUCUGGAAACAAUUUCAAAGGUGGAUCUGUGUAACUACGUGUCGAUUAAUGGGGUGACGGCUCACCCUCACAUUGAAAAAGAUGGCAGUGUGUACAACAUUGGGAACUGCUUUGGGAAAGGCAUGUCCAUUGCCUACAACAUUGUCCGCAUUCCACCUACACAGAAAGAUAAAUCAGACCCCAUUGAAAAGGCAAAGGUGGUGGUGCAGAUCCCGUGCAGUGACAGGUUCAAGCCCUCCUAUGUCCACAGCUUUGGAAUGACAGAAAACUAUUUUGUUUUUGUGGAAACCCCAGUGAAAAUUAACCUGUUGAAAUUUUUGGGAGCAUGGAGUAUCAGAGGGGCCAACUACAUGGACUGCUUUGAGUCAAAUGAAACAAUGGGGACUUGGUUUCACCUGGCCACGAAGAAAACUGGAGAAUACCAAAAGCUCAAAUUCCGAACUUCAGCCAUCAACUUGUUUCAUCACAUUAACUGCUAUGAAGACAAUGGUUUUAUUGUCGUCGAUCUUUGCACCUGGAAAGGGUUUGAAUUUGUGUACAACUACCUCUACUUGGCGAACCUACGGGAGAACUGGGAGGAGGUGAAGAAACAGGCCAUGAUGGCACCCCAGCCAGAAGUUCGCAGAUAUGUCCUUCCCCUCGAUGUUCAUCGGGAGGAGCAGGGAAAGAACCUGAUUUCCUUGCCAUACACUACAGCCACUGCCACCAUGUGGGCUGAUGGAACAGUGUGGCUGGAGCCUGAGGUGUUGUUCUCUGGACCUCGUCAAGCUUUUGAAUUCCCACAGAUCAAUUACAAAAAGUACUGUGGAAAGAACUACACCUACGCGUACGGACUGGGACUCAACCACUUUAUUCCAGACAGGAUCUGCAAAUUGAAUGUCCGGACCAAAGAAACCUGGGUGUGGCAAGAACCAGACUCCUACCCAUCUGAGCCCCUCUUUGUGGCAUCUCCUGACGCUGUUGAAGAAGAUGAUGGGGUCCUGCUGACGAUAGUGGUCAAUCCUGGGGCGGCCCAGAGACCAGGAUACCUCUUGAUUUUGAAUGCCAAGGACCUGACGGAAGUGGCCCGGGCUGAGGUGGAGGUCAUCAUUCCUGUCACGUUCCACGGAAUGUACAAACCUUAGGAUCGGUGCUGGCAGGAUGAAGAAUGAAAUCAUGACCGACCUUUAUCUGCUUUGCACAAAGCUGGAAAAAAGCAGUCUUUUUGCUAACUACUAAGCCAGUGAAUAAGCAUCAGGCAGAAACAAUUAAAUAUUAGCUUCAUGAAAGAGCCUCUUUGCUACAUAAGAGGAAGGACAGUUUUCCUGAUUAUAUGCAAUUAUACUUACAUUCUAAUGCAUUGACCAUCACUGAUGUCAGAUUUACAUUUUAAUAACGGUUUGAGUUCAGAUGGUGGGUUCUGCAGUCCUUCGAGUUUCCUUGGCCUUAUUUGUGAAUUGACUGUGUCCGAAGACAGUGUCACACUAGUGUCUCUCUUGAAGAGAUAACUGUCUAUUUCAACUCUUUAUGUUACAUGUAAGAUGUGCGUUGUGGAUAGAAACAUAGAAAGCAAUGUAUUCAGAGAAUUUUAAGAAUAAACUUUCUUUCAAACUGUACUUUUUCUACUGUACAUGUCAUGCCUCGAUUCAAAGUAGCAGAUGAUUAUUAAAUGGAGGACAUGAAA